AUGGGACUCGGCGUCCUUGAAGACCAUCAGCUCGAACAUGUCCCCGGCACUGCUCCGCUCAAUGAGCUUGGGACGGAAAUCUACAAUACCAGCGGUGUCGACUCCAGCAUCUUGAAGCACGAUCCCACAGGGCAAAUAGUUCUCGUACCUCAACCCUCAGACUCGUCCAACGAUCCAUAUAACUGGCCAAAAUGGAAGAAAGAGCGCUUCACGAUUGCGUUUGCCUUCAGUUGUGGCGCUGUAGGAGCUGUUGGCCCUCUUCUCUCACCUGCUUUCGUUGAGCUUUCUGAGGAAUUUGGGAUUUCGCUUUCGCGUUUCAUUCAAGGCUGUCAAGGAGCUGUCAUUGUAGCUAUUGCUUUUGGCUCUUUGAUUUGGAAUGCUGUGGCGGUGAAAUGGGGGAAACGACCUGUAUAUUUGAUCACUACGUUGGGUUUAAUGGUGACCUGUUUCUGGGCUGCGGCCGCGAAAAGCUUUGGAAGCUUGACGGCUGCUAGAGUCAUUCAGGGCUUCUGCAUGGGACCGCUCGAGGCAUUGGUGCCUGCGAGUAUUGCUGAUGUUUGGUUCGUUCAUGAGCGUGGUUACAGAUCUGCCAUUUUCAACUUGGGCGUUUUAGGCGGCAUUAAUCUUGCCUCACCUAUCACGGGCGGCAUCAUCCAAGCCAGCAGUUACAAAGUUGCCUUCUACGCUAUGGGUGGCGCGUUUGGCAUUGCUCUGAUUAUGAUCUUUUUCUGGAUGCCGGAGACUGCCUAUGUCCGUACUGGAGCAGUCAAUUUGGACACUGGCAGUAACAAUCUCACAGUAGCACACAAAAUGGACGCCGAACAUGUCGAGAGUGAAGAGAAGACGACAACAACAAAGACACCGACAACCAAUGCCUCAUCAGAACCAAAAAAUUCCUUUGCCAAGGAAAUGCUUCCAUACAGUGGCUACGUCAACCAUGUCUCGUUCUUAAAUACCAUUUUCAGGCCAUUUGUUAUGCUAGGCUCACCAGCCGUGCUCUGGGCUACUCUUCUCUUUACUACUUGCAUUUCAUGGCUCGUUGGCAUCUCAAUCACGCUUUCACAGAUCUUCUCUGCGCCACCUUACAACUUCUCUGUCACUGCUGUUGGACUGACUAAUUUGUCAAGUUUCGUAGCCAGUUUGUUGGGGACGUUGAUUGCUGGUCCUUUGAUUGAUGGUGUGGUGAGAAGAUUGUCCUUGAAGAACGGAGGAACUUUCGAGCCUGAGUUCCGCCUACCAAUCAUGGUGUCGUACCUCCUAUUCACGUGCACAGGCUUCUUUGCAUGGGGUCAAUCAGCAGUCGCGCUCUCUCCCUGGCCCGUCCCUGUUGUCGUCGGUCUGGGCUUGAUCAACUUCGGUAUCCAACUUGGCACCACGGGCGUCGUAUCCUACGUCGUAGAUUGCCAUCGAGAGAAAGCUGGCGAAGCCUUCGCUGCUAUGAACUUCGUCAAGAACAUGUUUGCGUUUGGCCUUACGAAUUAUCUCAAUAAUUGGCUGGCAGAACAGGGAACGAGGAAUGUCUUCUUUGUCAUUGGAGGUAUCACUGCUGCGGUUAGCUUGACAACUAUCCCAAUGUACAUUUGGGGAAAGAGAGCUCGGAGUUGGGUGUAUAGACAUGAUAUCGCUGGGAAGGCGUGAGUUCGACUGGUGAGCGGGCUUGCUAUGGUC